CAUGAAAACCUUUCAGCAUAAUCAGAAUGUUUACUUCCCAUUGUCAGUCGCACUGAAAUUCUACUAAACUAAAUGUCUGAAAGUCAAAUGAACACACCCAGAUAAUGUGGAUUAGAGACUAAUUGUUCCUAUAUGUAUAUGUUUAGUCGGACUCACGCUGGCCUGGGGGCGCUCUCUGUAUGCUCCACAGUUCCCGCCCCUGGGCUUUGACAUGGAAUUAAUAGAAGUUAACCACUACAGAAGACAACAGGGCAAAAAUCCAGGCUGGUACUUUUUUUUUGGACUUACGAGGAGACUGUGUUUAUGCUCUGAAUGUUUAGAAAUUCAUGGAUGGUAGGAAGACUCGACAUGUUGCCAAUUAGCUGCCAGCUAAACCAGAAACCACUAAAUACUAACAAUCAGAAAAAGGAGCAUAUCUUCAGCUUGUGUAGCGGAGGCGGAUCCGCUUCAUUCCAUAAAUCCAUCCCCCACUUAUGCUUGAUUACUGGGAUAAAGGACUGUCGUUCAUUUGAACUGUGUAGUUGGGCUUAUGGCUGUAGCUCUGCUCAACUGUGCAUGGAACUGAAUGUUCAAGUCUGGUGUCUCCUCUGAGCUCUGUUUACAGCUUCACAGCUAAAUCUGUGGUGUGACCGGAGGAUUUGACCAAUCAGGAAUCCAAGAGAGAAGUGACAGAAUAAAUGCAAUAAAACAUUUCAGCAUCAGAGGAGAGUUUCAGAGAUGAGAGAUGGCCUUGGGUGAUCUGUCACAACCAGAAACCAGAGUGUCUGUCCAUGCUCAUCUGAUGAGAGUGGUGAACAUUUUGGUGUAUCACUAAAAGGAAAAAUGUGCAUGAGUGCAAUGGAAAUGGACUGAGCGACUAAAAUGUCACUCCAGUUUCCGGACUUCACUGUACUGGAAAAAAUGGCACAAACAGCUGACGCGAGUAGAGUUUAAAGGGUUCACUGUGGAACAUUAAGAUGGGUUCAUUUGCGGAAAUAGAAUUAAAAAGUAUGAGUGCUCUCAAAUAAAAAUAAAGGUGUUUAAGUAGUAGUAGUGCUCUUUAUUAAGUCAUACAGAUGCAAACGUCAUAAACAAAGUGAGUUUUGUACGGAAAAAGCCACAGAGAGAAGAAGCUUAUAUGCCUGCCCGUCAUUAUCCCCCUCUAAACCCCCUUUAUACCCUUCUAAUGUAGAAAGGAAAACAAUACAUACAUCACGGGAAAAGAUAUUAAAAUGCAUACAUGUACAGGUUACUCAUAUGCAUGUGCACAUGAACAUAUGUAGCCUACUAUGGGCAAGGGCCCUGCUUCCUGGAAGCUGUCAUCUUGCACUGCCAUGUUUCUACAGCAGCACCGAAAGAACAAACCAGCCAGCAUGUGUUUUGCAUUUUGAAGCAGAGGCGUAUUAUGCAAACAAACACGAUCAACAUCCUUGUGCUUGGUGAAGGCAGGGAUGAAGGUCGGAGUCCUAUGUUUGCUACCAUGAUGUGUUACUAAAAAUACCAAUGCACAUCUUCUUUAAGACAAAUCUUGGCAAAUUCAGUUCCAUUAUUUUUUUUUUUAUCUAAACCGUUUCAUAGUCUGACAUAACGUCUGCACCCAGCGUUAUUCGUUUAUUUAUGGCGCUGGUAUUACACUGAUGCAAAAAUAAUAAGCGGUGUGUGCAUGCUUGGUGGGGUUUAUCUGCAUGAUACUGUGUGUGUGUGUGUGUGUGUGUGAGAGAGAGAGGGAGAGGGAUCCCCCAACCCCCCUCUCGCUCUACCUUGAAUGGAAUUUCAGGAGGAAACACGUUAGUAUCACAGCACGUACAGUAGUCAUGUUCUCACUCCCACCUCUCCCCACAGCAACCACCCUCCUCCCCGGCAUCCAAUUUACCAGCAUGCGAUGCAUUUAGAUUACUGGGGGUGUCGCCUCACUACAUGCGUCUCACAUGACUGCGCUGCAUAUUAGAACUCAGGUCGGAAGCCAAUGGGGUUUCGGUGUGAAGGUGACGUCAGGGGGCGGAUCGGUAUGCUCGUGUAUGUAUGUGUGUGUGUGUCUGUGUUGCUCGCGUGCAUGUGCAAGAAGCUUAGACAGCUAUGUACUCCUGUACAGGCGUAACUCUGUGUGUAUGUGUGUGAGUGAGUGAGUGAGCGAGCAGUCAGUCAGUGUGUGCAGCUCGGCCGGCCUCCCUCCCUCCCCCCGCACUCAGUGGACUAGAUUCCCAGCCACGUAAGAAGCACAGCGGCACCACGGGAGAGAGGAUGUCCUGCUGAAUCCAGGGAUUGGCCUGGGAAAGUCGGCCGGCCGUCCCUUCCUUUUCCUUCCUUCCAGCACCUUACAGCAGCAGACAUAAUCCACAGAUACGACACUUUUUUUUUUCUUCUUCCACGCACCGGACCAGAGAAAGACCGAGGACGUCGACUCCCGCACACAAAGAGCUGCAGCAGUUUUUAUUUUAUUAUUCUUCUUCUUCCGGAUGGGCUUUUCUCCCCUCAUGUAUUAGAUGACAAUCACCGUGCACGGAUAAUAUGAUCCCGGGGAACAAGGCCGUGCACUGACCUGAUACUAGUUAGCCAAGGAAGCUAACUAGUUAGCUCUGCACCUGCUAGCCAUCAUUUAUUUGACAGUCAAAUUUCGGCUUUAAAUCCAGUCGUGUUUAAUUAGAAUGCAACACUUGCUGUGAACGUUUUUUGCUUGUAUUUACUUUUAGUUCAUUUCUUUCCGUGCCUGUAAGAUAUUUUCCUUUCGUAUGAAGCCUUCAAUGCCAUUAACCGGCGGCGAGAUAAGCUAACACACAAGCUGCGGGUUAACUUGGGUCUCAUUCAUUGUAUUCGCUGACUUUUGUUGCCUUUGUUGCACUUUUGUUCUCGCUAACGUUGAUGAGAUUUACAGCAGGUCUGUGCAGAGGGUUUUUCGGAUAAGUGGGGGCAGGAAUUCUGUUUAUUUCCUUUUUUUUUCUUGCAUGGAAAUCCAAGUGAGGUAAAUUAACGAUUGAACUGUUAAUAAUAAUUUAAAAAAGAGCCAUUUUGUUGUAUGCAAACCAACGAGGCAGCUCUGCCCGGUGAUAACCCGCAGUUUCCAGCAGCCGGCUGCAUUUAAACCAAUUUAUUUGUUUGGUCCUUUUGUUCAAGACUCACUGAGGUGCUGGACUAUUUGUGAUAUUGCACUUUAAAUCAAAGUGGUGCCUGCAUUAAGGAGCAGAGGAACGAGGAGGAGGAGGAGGAAGGUCCCCACUGAUACUGUGGAGUUAUCACACUUAUUCCUCAUGAACAUACAGAGAUCAAAUCCAAUUAACAUUUCACGUCAUGGGAGAUCGCGACAUAAAUCGCACGAUUUCGAAGACUUGUCUUGUUUAAGGACUACAGAAUCGCACCAGAGCUUCAGUCCCAACCUCGGGUCCCCCAGCCCGCCGGAGACCCCGGACUCCUCGCACUGUAUCUCCCGCAUCGGGGACUACCUUCUGCUGGAGCCGCUGGAGGGAGACCACGUAUUCAGAGCCGCCCACCUCCACAGCGGGGAAGAGCUCGUGUGUAAGGUUUUUGACAUUGGCCAAUACCAGGAGUCACUGGCAGCCUACUUUGCCCUGGGCCAGCACCAGCAUAUUAACCAAAUCCUGGAGAUCUUGCUUGGGGAGACACGGGCCUACGUAUUUUUCGAGAGAAGCUAUGGCGACAUGCACUCUUUUGUCCGCACCUGCAAGAAGUUGCCAGAGGAUGAAGCUGCCAGACUUUUCUAUCAGAUAGCCUCGGCUGUGGCACAUUGCCACGACAACGGACUGGUUCUACGUGACCUCAAACUGAGGAAGUUUGUCUUCAAGAAUGAGGACAGAAGCCUCGUGAAGCUGGAGAGCCUUGAGGACUCAUAUAUCCUGGACGGUCAUGAUGACUCUCUGUCAGACAAGCAUGGCUGCCCGGCCUAUGUAAGUCCUGAGAUCCUCAAUGCCAAUGGCAGCUAUUCCGGUAAAGCAGCUGAUGUCUGGAGUCUGGGCGUCAUGCUUUAUACCAUCCUCGUUGGGCGCUACCCGUUUCACGACGUCGAGCCUGGCUCUCUGUUCAGCAAAAUCCGCAGGGGUCACUUCAACAUCCCUGAAACGCUCACACCCAAGGCCAAGUGCCUGAUCCGCUCCAUCCUGCGCCGGGAACCCGCCGAGCGCCUCACCUCUCGGGAGAUACUGGAUCACCCCUGGUUUGCCUCCUCUGGGGCACUGGGGGUCACUCCAGUGCACGGCAGAGGAGAAAGGGAUCAGGAGCAGAUGGUGCCUGAGGUGAACAUGGAAGAGGAGCUGGAGCAGUUCUUUAGCUGAGCAAACACCAAGCACAAACGGAUGACUCUGCCACGGUCCACUCGCCACGCUCACAGCAGAGCCAAAAACAGUAGUUUAGAGAUUGUAUGGUGAACAUUUGUCACUCAUAAUAAAGGUGUUUCCAUCCUGUUUCCUUUUCCACCAUUUCAUGGAAAACCUUGAGCCUGGCAUGACAAAUGGCAUCUAUACAUCACCUGGCAAUGCACCCUCUCGAACAAGGAUGCCGCCGCCCGACAUGCAAGUUGCAAAUAAUGUAGCAAAUGUUCUUUUUGGAUCUGUUUUGUUUAAUGUGGUGCUCAUAAAGUAGACACUUUCACCAUUUUUUGACACUACGGAAAGCAUGAAGGGACAUAGAACACAAGAAACCAAGGAGAGCAAUUCUGAAUGAACUGAAACAACCUUUCUUAGUUUGUUUUGUUCGUCGUCAUAGCUCGAGGUGAAACCAGUUUUAACCACAGACCCAGUCACAAUCCCGGGUUCUGUCGGUAACCUAAAGUAAGGUCGUCAUAGCUGACCUGGGAUCACUGGUUUAAAAGUGGAGCACCUUUUGGGCUUUUUCUUGUCAUCAUGUUUGACCUUGAUUUUUGCCUCGUUACACUUUUUUUUUUUUUCCGAAUUACAGAAAAUUCCGACAGUCACCAAACUGCUUGACCGCCUUGUUUUCUGUAAUUAGUUUCUCUGCCUCCUCGUACUCCGAAGCCUUUACCACACCAUCCAUCCCCACAUUAUCCUUUCUUUUUGUCUUUGUGUUCUUAAGCUAUUCCAGUCUCUUGUUACUGCUGCUUUAAUGUCACUCCCUUAACCUCAAUCUUAAAACCGUAUUCUUGGUAAGCCUCCAAACAUGGCGUCAUGCACUUGGUGUGUUAGGUGAACGGACAAAUCCACCUCUUUAAAAAAAACAAAAAAAAAAAACAAUUAGCUUCCUCUUAUUUAAAUUCAUUCUUCAGUUGUAGAAAUGAGGACGUAACAUUUAUUUAAAUUGUAACAGUUAUAUAUAAAUAUAAAAAAAAAUAUAUAAAUAGAAAUAUAUAUAUAUUUAAAACUACAUUGCAGGGUUUUUUCUUUAUUCAGAGAUUCCUUUUUCAUGUAUGAUGUAGGCAAUAUCUUGACACAGGACAGGCACAAAGAGGAGAUGUCUGUCUGAAGUUUUAGAGUACAUAAUGUCUUCUGUGCCAGUAUUCCUGUGGCCCGACAGCCCAUGCCACCGGAUCUCCCCCUUUUUUUCUUUUUUCUUUUUUCUUUUUAAAGACUUGAUACAAGCUUUUCAGUGAUAGUAUUGCUAUGACGUGCUCACUCCAGGACCUCAUGUUAGUUUUGUGCUGCCUGCGUAGGUUCUGUGAAAAGGUCAUGCUCGGAAUGGGUACCAGUGGACAUGUUAUGUCGUAUCUCAAUGUUACUUGAAUUAGUGUUUUUAUCUAGUCAUCGGCAUGUGCCCCGAGAAUGCUAUAGCCUGCCAGGGGGAGAAGGGGGAGGGUGGGGGUGCUUGUUUUUUUUUUGUUUGUUUUUUUUGUUUGUUUUUUUUAAGAAAAGUAAAAUGAAAUAUAAAAAAUCUCAAUUUGCUACUUCUCUCUGUUUCUUUUCAAGAAUAAUAAUAAUGAUAAUAAAAAAAAAAACAACCAUUGCUUUUAUUGUUUUGUAGACUGAGCUGCCUUUUUAUUUAAGUUGUUUCUGAUUUGGUGCUAAUGUUUAGUCCUUUUUGUUUCAUGGAGGGGCGGCGUGGUGCAUGGUGGGAUAUCUGCCUCAGAUGUUCUGAUUGUAUUGUAACAGAUUCUGGUGUUUUGUCCAAAUUUCUUCAGUAAAUAAAUUGUGAACUGCUA